UAAUAUCCAUGCGUACAUAAGUACGUUGAAAUGUUAUAUACAUAUAUAUGUACUAUGUACAUAUCCAUAUGCACUUAAGUAUGAAUUUAUGCAACGUAGUAACGGCAAAAUAAUAAACAAAAAAUGGGAGCGCAGCCGACUGAUAGUGCAAAAUUCGCAAUUAAAUACUAUAUGCCAUGGCCGACGAAGAUGAGAAUAAGCAAAAGAAGCAUACCAUCGAGAGUCUAUUCCACUUAUAUGCAAACAAUAAUAUCAACACUUUGGAAUUGGAAAACGAGGUGUAUGAGACCAUAUUAUUGUCGCAGAUAGAUUUUUGGCUGGAUCAAGCAAAACUGUUGAAAACGGUAUUCACGAUGACUGACACUGGCAUGGUUUACAUGAAAUUUAAAAAAUGGCGUUUAGACUUUGAGGAAUUUUUAGAUUUCUUAAACAUGAUUUGCCAAGGUAAAGAAAUUAAGGUUGACGACGUUAAGAAAGCGCUCCUGGAGGCUGGACCACCUGGUGGAGGCACUGAAAUUGUUGUGGUGAAAUAAGCAAAUUAUGGAAGUGUUCUCAACGCAGUCAUAUCAUUUAAAUGAAUCACAAUGCUGCAUAGUUCGCUCCUCGUUGCAAGGUGUGACACUUACUAAAUUUAAUCAAAUGUACAAUAAAAAAAUUAUAUAUUUUGUUAUGAAUACAUAUAAAAUAAAAGAACAAGUUCCUUUGGUUUUCUCGCGUUUAUUUACAGUAUAUCGUAAUAAUCUAAAUAUAAUUGUAUAAGUUCCAUAAUAUUUCAUUUAAUCAUAUAGUUAAUAUUAAAUGUUGCUUUAUAGAAUUCAGUUUUGCUUUCCUUUUUCUUUGCCUUUCAUUUCCUCCUACUUGAAUGCUUCCGUCGUUAUUAUACGUGAAACAUUUGGGAAACUCCAGGCCAAUAAAUUUUAUGUUUAUACAUAUUAUUUUCGUUCGUAAGUGACCGAAAUUAUUACAGGCUAAUCAACAAACAUGCGUUUACUAGCUGCAGGACAACUCCAUACAUGUGAAAUCCACCAACACGUGUAUUCCUUUUUUAUAUAUAAGUAUGUUGGACUUUAUAUCUAAGACAAAUUGUAACGGAAGCGGGAUUUUUCGUUUUUCGUUUGUGUGUGUUGAAUAACUAUAAUCUAUUCACGCGUAUGCACCGCAGAAAGAAGUAGUAUUACUUGUUGUAUUUCAGCCAGGGAAUAAAAACAUUUACGAACAAGUUACAAAAAAUACAAAAUGAUAAUUUAUGAUAAAAUUGUUAUAAUAUGUAAGCCAAAAUAAACUAAUCACAUAGUACUAAACGAUUAAACAGAGGCUUGCAGUAAGCUGACAUUUAACCUAACAAAUAAGUGAAGUAUCCAAGCGAUCAAAAUUUCUUGUAAUGAACUGUGAAAUUACAUACAAAAGUUGUUUACAUCUUUUUUUCUUUGAUAUCUUAACGAUAAAGCAUAUUUCUGCAAAUAAUGAGAUUUUGAUGAGCGCAUUAGAUAAAACUUCUUUUAUGACAUUUUCACAGUUGUGAUAUAUAUUGUGCAAAAGGGAUAUUGCAUUUGGUGGCUUUAUUGAAAAUUAGAUCAUUUAUGCUAACGCAUGCAUUAGAGAACUCAUUUACACCGAUGCAACAUCAUUAGUUUUACCCGGUUCGAAUAAUUAAUUAGAAUGCAAUUUCUUUUGUUCGAUUGCAUAUUUAUUUUGAGUGGUGAACUAUGCAUUUUACGGUGUAGGUUUUGAAAAUUUUCAUUAGUGAAUGUAGUCUGUUAUAAGUAGCAUUUUCUCUAUA